ACAUACACAAGACGCAAAUUUAAGGCCACGUUUGGUGUAGGUACAGAGGCAAUAAUCAAUUCAAGAAUAUGGAAUGGAAGAAGUCUUAUUUGGAUGUUGUUUUGGUUCCAUUGGGGUUCUUGAUAUGCUUGGGGUAUCAUGCUUGGUUAUGGCACAAGGUUCGCACUCAGCCUCUCACAACCAUCAUCGGAACCAACGCCGCCGGCCGCCGCCUAUGGGUCUCCGCCAUCAUGAAGGACAAUGAGAAGAAAAACAUAUUGGCCGUCCAAACACUCCGAAACAUGAUAAUGGGAUCAACCCUAAUGGCCACCACCUCCAUCCUCCUCUGCUCCGGCCUCGCCGCCGUGAUAAGCAGCACCUACAGCGUGAAGAAGCCGCUGAACGACGCGGUGUACGGCGCCCACGGCGAGUUCAUGGUGGCGCUCAAGUACGUCACCCUCCUAAUCAUCUUCCUCUUCUCCUUCGUCAGCCAUUCCCUGUCCAUCCGCUUCACCAACCAGGUCAACUUCCUCAUCAACUGCCCGCCGGACAACCUCGGAGUGGUGCGCCCCGACUACGUUGUCGAGCUGCUGGAGAAGAGCUUCGCGCUCAACGCGGUGGGGAACAGGCUGUUCUACGCCGCCAUUCCGAUGUUGCUUUGGAUUGUUGGCCCGGUUCUUGUGAUCUUGUGUUAUGCUACAAUGGUGCCUGUGCUUUACAACCUUGACUUUGUUUUCACCCCUCCUAAGGGGAAGUUGGGUCAUGAUUAUGAUCAUGAGAUUGGGAAUGGGGUUUUAGAAGUGUAAUUAAUAUGGGGAGAAACAACAUAUAAAUGGAUGGCAUUUGAACA